AUGCCCAUCACCAACGGUGACGCCAUGGCGAAGUCCGCAUCCGAUGCCUUGGACUUCACCACAGCCCUCGAGGUGCUCAAGAACGAGUACCCCGAGCGCGACGGAAUCGAUGUCAAGACCCUCAUCGACUCCAAGAAGAACGGCGGCCUGACCUACAACGACUUCCUUAUGCUUCCUGGCUACAUCGGUAUGUCCGGCUUCCCUGCCGCCGAUGUCACACUCGAUACUCCUAUUACGAAGCGCAUCACACUCAAGACGCCCUUCGUCUCCUCGCCCAUGGAUACUGUGACGGAACAUAACAUGGCCAUUCAUAUUGCUCUCCUGGGUGGCUUGGGCAUAAUUCACCACAAUUGCUCUCAAGAGGACCAGGCCGAGAUGGUGCGCAAGGUCAAGCGAUUCGAGAACGGUUUCAUCCUUGACCCCGUUGUCAUCUCGCCCAGCACCACUGUGCGCGAGGCAAAGGCGCUCAAGGAGUCUUGGGGUUUCGGCGGCUUUCCAGUCACUGAGGACGGAAAGCUCCGCUCCAAGCUUGUCGGUAUCAUCACUCCUCGUGAUGUGCAGUUCCAUGACAAAUUGGACGACCCGGUCUCCGCCGUCAUGUCCACCGAGCUUGUUACUGCUAAUCUGGGCAUUGAUCUGCGCCAGGCGAACGACAUCCUCAGCAAGUCGAAGAAGGGCAAGCUACCCAUUGUCGACGAGGAGGGCAACCUUAUCGCUCUUCUCUCUCGCUCCGAUCUUAUGAAGAACCUCCACUACCCUCUCGCCUCCAAGCUUCCUCACUCGAAGCAGCUUAUCGCUGCCGCCGCCAUCGGCACCCGACCGGAGGACAAGAACCGUCUGCAGAAGCUUGUCGAUGCAGGCCUCGACAUUGUCGUGCUCGACAGCUCCCAGGGUAACUCCAUGUACAUGAUUGAGAUGGUAAAGCACAUCAAAGAGAAGUACCCCGGCCUCGAUGUGAUUGCUGGAAACGUGGUCACUCGCGAGCAAGCUGCUGCUCUGAUUGCUGCUGGAGCCGAUGGUCUUCGUAUCGGUAUGGGCAGUGGAAGUGCCUGCAUUACUCAGGAGGUUAUGGCCGUGGGACGUCCCCAAGCUACCUCGGUCUACAACGUCACUCAGUUCGCUAGGCGCUUCGGCGUUCCUUGCAUUGCUGACGGUGGCAUCCAAAACGUUGGGCACAUCGUCAAGGGUCUUGCGCUGGGCGCCACGACCGUCAUGAUGGGCGGUCUGCUUGCUGGCACGACCGAAUCACCCGGUCAGUACUAUGUCAGCAACGACGGUCAGCUCGUCAAGGCCUACCGUGGCAUGGGCAGCAUCGACGCUAUGGAGGACAAGAAGGCCGGAGCCGGCAGCAAGGACGCCAAGGCCAGCAACGCUGGAACUGCUCGCUACUUUUCCGAGGGCGACCGCGUCCUGGUCGCGCAGGGCGUUUCGGGCUCUGUCCGUGACCGUGGCUCCGUCACCAAGUUCGUGCCGUACCUCAUGGCCGGUGUGCAGCACUCUCUGCAAGACAUUGGUGUGAAGAGCCUGAAGGAGCUGCAGGAGGGUGUCGUGAACGGCACGGUCAGGUUCGAACUCCGAACCGCGAGUGCACAGGCCGAGGGCAAUGUGCACGGUCUGCACAGCUUCGACAAGAAGCUCUACUCGUAG